AUGGCGGCCGUGGCUGCGGAGGCGGCAGCGACUGCAGCGUCCCCGGGGGAGGGGGGCGCCGGAGAGGCCGAGCCCGAGAUGGAGCCCAUCCCCGGUAGCGAGGCGGGCGCUGAGGCCGGCACCGAUCCCUUGCUUGUGACCGCCACUGAAGCCCUGGUGCUUGAUGAGGCAGACGGCAAGCCCGCGCCUCAGGCCGACGAGCCGCCGUUGCAGCCGCCGGGAGAGUCCGCCCGGAGUCCCGUGGCGGCGGGGCCCGAGCCUGAGCCCGGGAUGGAGUCCGACUCUCCGAGGCUCGAGCCUGAGGAGAAAUCCCUCGACCGCCCUGAGGAGAGAGAACCUGAGGAGAAGGGGGAGGCAACGACAGCCCCGCAGGGACCGGAGCCCCCGACGACGCCGCCGCCGCCGGAGGAGGGGAAAGAACCGGCUCCUGAGGAACCCCCGCCGCCGCCUCAGCCCCAGCCUGCCGUCCCGGCGCUAGUCCCGCCGGCGGGCGGGGACUCGGCCGUGGCUCAGCUGAUCCCGGGCUCGGAGGUGCGGGUCACCCUGGACCACAUCAUCGAGGACGCGCUCGUGGUGUCCUUCCGGCUCGGGGAGAAGCUUUUCUCGGGGGUCCUCAUGGAUCUGUCCAAAAGGUUUGGGCCCCAUGGAAUCCCUGUGACAAUUUUCCCCAAAAGAGAAUACAAAGAUAAACCUGAAGCCAUGCAGUUCCACAGUAGAUCAUUCCAAGAAGGGACAGAAAUCAAGUGUGACAUGAAUGGUGCUGGUCCUGAUGACCAUUCUCCCAUUCAGCCACCAGAACCUAGCCUUGCUCAAAGCCUAUGGACUUCUAAACCACCUCCUCUCUUUCAUGAAGGAGCACCUUAUCCUCCCCCUUUGUUUAUCAGGGACACAUAUAACCAAUCAAUACCUCAGCCGCCUCCUCGGAAAAUUAAACGACCCAAAAGGAAAAUGUACAGGGAGGAACCCACUUCUAUAAUGAAUGCUAUCAAACUACGACCCAGACAAGUCCUAUGUGACAAAUGUAAAAACAGUGUUGUUGCAGAAAAGAAAGAAAUUAAAAAAGGUGGCAAUGCAAGUGACUCGUCCAAAUAUGACGAUAACAAAAAACGAAGAAAUGAAAGUGUAACUACUGUGAAUAAAAAACUUAAAACUGACCAUAAAAUGGAUGGGAAAAACCAAAAUGAAAGUCAGAAAAGAAAUGCUGUGGUCAAAGUUUCAAAUAUUGCUCAUAGCAGAGGCAGAGUAGUUAAAGUGUCUGCUCAGGCAAAUACUUCAAAAGCUCAGUUAAGUACUAAAAAAGUGCUCCAGAGUAAGAACAUGGAUCAUGCAAAAGCUCGGGAAGUGUUGAAAAUGGCCAAAGAAAAGGCACAAAAGAAACAGAGUGAAACUUCCACUUCCAAAAAUGCACAUUCUAAGGUUCAUUUCACUCGGCGGUUUCAGAACACCAGCUCAGGUUCCCUUCCACCCCGGUUGCGUUUGAAGCCACAAAGAUACAGAAAUGAAGAAAACGACUCUUCUCUGAAAGCUGGACUUGAGAAAAUGCGGAGUGGCAAGAUGGCACCCAAACCCCAGUCUCGUUGCACCUCUACCCGCUCAGCAGGUGAGGCCCCUUCAGAAAAUCAGAGUCCCUCAAAAGGUCCUGAAGAGGCCAGCAGUGAGGUUCAGGACACAAGUGAAGUACAUGUGCCUGAUGAGCAGGAUGAACAGCAGACAUUGGGCAAAAAGGGCAGCAAAAGCAAUAUCACUGUUUACAUGACCCUAAAUCAAAAGAAAUCUGACUCUUCCAGUGCAUCAGUGUGUAGCAUUGAUAGCACAGAUGAUUUGAAAUCUUCCAAUUCAGAGUGUAGUUCUACUGAAAGCUUUGAUUUUCCUCCAGGCAGUAUGCAUGCACCUUCCACCUCUUCCACUUCAUCCUCUUCAAAGGAAGAGAAAAAGCUCAGUAAUUCCUUGAAAAUGAAAGUCUUUUCCAAAAACGUCUCUAAAUGCAUCACACCAGAUGGCAGGACCAUAUGUGUAGGGGACAUUGUCUGGGCCAAGAUUUAUGGCUUCCCAUGGUGGCCAGCCCGUAUUCUUACUAUAACUGUAAGCCGGAAAGAUAACGGCCUGUUAGUCCGACAGGAGGCCCGUAUUUCAUGGUUUGGGUCUCCAACAACAUCUUUCCUUGCACUAUCGCAACUGUCCCCCUUUUUAGAAAACUUCCAGUCACGCUUUAAUAAGAAGAGAAAGGGCUUGUAUCGCAAGGCUAUCACAGAGGCAGCUAAGGCUGCAAAGCAGCUGACUCCCGAAGUGCGGGCCCUGUUGACACAAUUUGAAACGUGAACAUGGACAGUAAGGUAGGCAAGAAAAGUUUGGAGGCUCCACAAAAUUUUAUUAGGCUAGUUAGAAAUAACUUAAACGAAGUAGACUUGGCCAAAUUGGAAAGAGAAAAAGAAGUUGCACUCAGUUGGCUGCUUUUUUUAAUACUAAAAUUGAUCUCUUGAUAACUUUCAUGACAGGCAAACUAAACCAAUUGAACAUGCAAUCAAAUUUUUUCUUAAUGUGAGUGUAGCAAUAUUUUCAAAUAAAAAUCUUGCAUUUUAAAAUCCUCAACCUUACCCCAAGGCAUAGGAGCCAUAGCCUCAAUUGAAAGGCAUUUAUUUGCAGGGAAUAUGUAUCAGUUUCUUCCGAAUAUGUAGCCUAUUAUUAUGUGACACAGGUUACUGAAAUGGGGGAUGGUAGUAAUAGCUGUGAGUGGGGGUGGUCCAGUAGGAAUGUUUGGGAUUUUAUUGACCACUUGUUUUUAUUUUUAUUUUUUAUUUUAUUUUUUAUAAAUUAAUGAACACAUAAGCCUUUCUAUGCACACAAGGGCAUAAGUUUGACACUUCAGUUUUUGACAAGCUGAAAUAGGGAUGGAUGCUCACUGUUUAGAGGCAGGCUGCAAAAUUGCUCAAGAGUUUGGGAUCAAGGGCUGUCAAUGCUGCAUAGUUGUAAAUCAUAACUUCCUGUUUUUCUUCCAUUGGAAAAAAUCUUCCAAGCUUCUGACUUGGGAGUUUAGAUAAAGAGGUUUGUUCUGAAAAAAAAAAAAAAUGUAAAUAAUUGAUUGCUAAAUUGGUCAGAUUUUCUCCUGACUGGCUGUUCCUAAAUUUUUAGGAUACGUCCUAGUAAAUUACACUUUGUGAAUUAUUUGUCAUGUGUAAUUGUUGCAUUUUGGAUGUACCUAAUUUCAUAAUUUUGAAAACUAUUUCCGUUUAAGGUAUCUGUUUGCAGGUCAGAAAGUGAGAAAAUGUAAUUGUGUAAUGCUCUGAUAUGUACAAAAAAUGUAAA